CCCAAAGGGCAGCACCAAAAGGACCCGCACUUGAAAUUGAGGUUGGUUUACGUGGAGCGGGCUCUCGGCCUGUCUGCCACCCUGAGGAGCCAUGUUGAGUAAAAGAAGUGAACUUAAACCUGAGUAGUUCUGUGUCUGCCCGAACCCACGUUGAUGCUGCCUGGUUCUUACAGAACACAUUAAAAGCUGGACAACAAAGAAUUCUGUUCUAUGAAUGACUUUGGAAUCAAGAACAUGGACCAGGUGGCCCCUGUGGCUAACAGUUACAGAGGGACGCUCAAGCGCCAGCCGGCCUUCGACACCUUCGACGGGUCCCUGUUUGCCAUCUUCCCCUCCCUGAACGAGAAGCAGGCUCUCCAGGAAGUGCCCACGGGCUUGGACUCCAUCUCUCAUGACGCGGCCAGCUGCGAGCUGCCGCUGCUCACGCCCUGCAGCAAGGCAGUGAUGAGCCAGGCCCUGAAGGCCACCUUCAGCGGCUUCCAGAAGGAGCAGCGCCGGCUGGGCAUCCCCAAGAACCCCUGGCUGUGGACGGAGCAGCAGGUGUGCCAGUGGCUGCUCUGGGCCACCAACGAGUUCAGCCUGGUGAACGUGAACCUGCAGAGGUUCGGCAUGAACGGCCAGGUGCUGUGCAACCUGGGCAAGGAGCGCUUCCUGGAGCUGGCGCCCGACUUCGUGGGCGACAUCCUCUGGGAGCACCUGGAGCAGCUGAUCAAAGAGAACCAGGAAAAGGCAGAAGAUCCGUAUGAAGAAAAUUCUCACCUCAACUCGGUUCCCCAUUGGAUCAGCAGCAACUCAUUAGGCUUUGGCGUGGAGCAGGUGCCUUACGGGAUGCAGACGCCGAGCUACCCCAAAGGCAGCCUCCUGGACAGCAUGUGCCCGCCUGGCACCCUCAGCGCCGAGCAGGAGUUUCCCAUGUUCCCCAAGGCCCCGCUCGGCACGGUCGGCGUCGGCUACUGCUCCGUCAGGCAGGACUUCACCGGCAGCACCUUGAACCUGAUGGCUGGCGGUCCCGGGAAGCCCGGGGACCGCGACGCCUCGGAGCAGGGCGGUGACAGCUUCGAGAGCUCGGACUCCCUGCUGCAGUCCUGGAGCAGCCAGUCGUCGCUGCUGGAGCAGCGGGUGCCCUCCUUCGAGAGCUGCGAGGAGGACGGCCAGGCCCUGGGCCCCGGCAAGCCCACCAUGUCCUUCAAGGACUACAUCCAGGAGAGGAGCGACCCGGCCGAGCAGGGCAAACCGGUCAUUCCUGCGGCUGUGCUCGCGGGCUUCACGGGAAGCGGACCCAUCCAGCUGUGGCAGUUUCUGCUGGAACUGCUCUCGGAUAAAUCCUGCCAGUCCUUCAUCAGCUGGACCGGCGACGGCUGGGAGUUUAAGCUCGCCGACCCCGACGAGGUGGCCCGGCGCUGGGGCAAGCGGAAGAACAAGCCCAAGAUGAACUACGAGAAGCUGAGCCGCGGCCUCCGCUACUACUACGACAAGAACAUCAUCCAUAAGACGUCAGGCAAGCGCUACGUGUACCGCUUCGUGUGCGACCUGCAGAACCUGCUGGGCUUCACGCCCGAGGAGCUGCACGCCAUCCUGGGCGUCCAGCCGGACACGGAGGACUGAGGCCGGGGCCGCGCGGGAUGGGGCCAUCCCGACCGACGCCCGGGCCCUGCCGGCCGCCCCCACUCUGGGGGGGGGGGACAGCACCGAGAAGCAGUGGCCUUUUCCUUCCAAACUGCGGCUCUGCCCGAAGCACACGGAGCCUAUGGGCAGGAACACGCCAUUGGGGGGCUGCAGCCGCGUGGACGCGGCCGAGGGGGCGCCCCAGGGGCCGCGUGAGGCUGCGAGCGUCCUCGGAGGAGGAGGGAGCGUGUGGACGCGCACAUUUGGUUCGUCCUCUCCGGCCGUCGGACAGGAAGGCGGUCUCUCUGUCUCGGAGGGCGGGAGGGGCAGGGAGCCAUCGUGCGGUUUCGGACGCGGGUUUGUACAUAAGGAUUGUAAUCUUACCCCUGUUUAUCUAAGCCCUCACCGUUCUAUUUAACAGAAGUUGUAUAUUGUAAUUUAAAGUAACUCUAUGACUCUGUGACAUAAGAGUGCGCCACGCGUACCCCGUUUUUUUGGUUUUUUUUCAGGAGCGCCCAUGAUGGCGUUUUGCAGAGGGUUUGUGAGACGCGAAUCAUUUGCAUUUACUGUGCCUCCAGGCGAAGGUCUAAGGGGGCUCACCCCCCAUAUUUUUGUGUGUGUGUUUUGUUUUGUUUUGUUUUGUUUGCUUUGCCCGGGCUAUUCUCCGGCAAGGACGUUGUUCAUUUGGGGAUUUUUAUAAGAAAUGUAAUGUUAUUAUCUGGGGCCGCCUCCAGCCUCUCCUUUGAAUUGUAACGUAAAACCUCUAAAGCAGUAUUUUUCUUGACGGAGGGCAUAAGUCCCUCGUGCCGACGCAUGCCUUUCAGCCCGUGGAUCCACAAACCUGGCUUCCCAGUUUGUCUGUGUGUUCCUCCUGCAGCUCACCCCCCCCCCAGCCCCACGUGACUCUGAUUAAAAUAAGAAUACUAUUUUUGGAAAAAUAUGCAAACUCCUUUUCUGAGACGAGGAGGGAUUUAUGUAGCAGCUAUUUUUACUGUAAAAGUAUUUCACUGGA